AUGGAGUCGAAGCAGCACGAUAUCAACAUCAAUACCACUCCUGCUUCAGAGGAGCCAGAGACGACAAUUUCAUCCGCACUGCCGCAACAAACGCUCGUCAUUUCAAGAGAACCACUCCCAAGGACUGACACGACCAUCUCAGAAAAGACCCAACAUGCCUCACCAACACCAAUCUCCCACAAAUCUUUCAAGGACGACAACGACAAACACGGUGAUCAUUGGUCCCCCUCCACAACAUCAAACCCGGUCAAUGCACUGGAACCACCACUCGAGCAAGAAAAACAAGGCUGGGUCGCAACAUUCCUGAAGUCGUUAAAUGAGGGCGGCACCAAGGGCUGGCUCGCCGUCCUAGGGUCCUUCCUCAUCCACUGUUUCGUCUUUGCACCUACAGAGUUCAUCUUUGGGAUCUUUGAACACCACUACCAGAUCGUCUUCCCCGGCGCCUCGGCCUCGUCAAUUGCGUUUGUGGGCACCACGGGGAGUGGGAUUACGUACUUGACAGGGUUCUUGUCGGGCACUGUUGCGGAUCGGUUUGGGUAUCGGCCCACGGCGUUUGUUGGCACGGUCAUUAUGGCCGUCUCCUUGAUCCUCGCCUCCUUCUCCACUGAGUUGUGGCACCUGUACGCAUGUCAUGGAGUACUUUUCGGAUUCGGAGCAUCGUUCGCUUACACGCCUGCGAUCGCGGUGCCGUCGCAGUAUUUUAGCCUGAAUCGAGGCCUGGUGAUUGGACUUGCUGUCUCGGGCACAGGGAUGGGAGGGUUUGUGCUUGCACCCAUGACCCAGGCGCUCAUAGACAAGCUUGGCGUGUUUUGGACACUGCGAGUCAUUGCCCUUCUCACCUUUGUCAUCUGUGGUCUCGCUAGUUUUCUCAUCAAGGAAAAGAAAGACGACCUGCUCCAGCAACAGCUCGCCACCACCAUCGCCCAUCAGGAAGAACAUUCCCUGGGCGGGUCUUCGACCGAUUACGGCGAGACGACCGUUUGCGAAAAUGAUCCCGAACAACCAUCCAUCGAGCAGAUGGGCCAGGGCCAGCCACAGGAACCAUCGGCAACAAGAAAGAAACCUUCAUUCUUCCAGUCCCUUCACGUGCUCAAGGACCCUCAGUUCCUGUCGCUCACGCUCGCCAAUGUUACCGUCUCGAUCGGGUACCUGGUUCCCUUGUACUACAUGCAAACUUACGCCGUUUUUAUCGGCCUGACGCCCGAACAAGGGGCUUUGAUUCUGGGUCUGGCCAACGGAUCAGGAUUUGCAGGAAGGGUGCUGUUGGGCUUGAUUGCUGACAGAGUCUCCAAUACCAAGACGCUGCUCUUCUCGGCCUGGGCGACAGCCUUCUCGGUCAUGGUUCUUUGGUCCAUUGCAAAGUCCUUUGGCACCCUCUUGCUCAUGGGCAUCACCUUCAACAUCUUUGCCGGAUGCUAUAUUUCGUUGGUCCCUGUAGCAGUCGCCGAGUCCUUUGGCACACAAACGAUCGCGUCGAUGAUUGGACUGAUGUACGCAGUCGGAGGAGUCGCGAUCUGGGUAGGUUCUCCUCUUGCAGGCUUCAUCCUGGACUCGACACUCCCCAACCUCUCCUACACGCCUGUCAUCUGGACCGCUGGUGUUUCUGUGUUCCUCGCCGCGGUGUUUGUCACCUCUUGGGCAAUCUUCCAUUGGCGCGCCAUCAGGACCCCUACUGCAGGUCGACUCCAAACCAUCGACACUCUGUGA